AGACUGAGAGAGCAGAUUCACAUAAAGCUUCUUGGAAAAAGUUCAAGGAUAACUUACGGGCUUUCACCACAAAUGAAGUUUUUAAAAGGCCUCUGGAAGCAGUGGAAAAAAAAGGCAUACUCACCUGCUCUGAUUUUUGCUGUCCAGUUCCUGCUGCUGUCCACUUCUUUCUGGUUCCUGUAACAUUCUUUCAUGAAGGAAAUGCCACUCAGCCCAUUAGUUGGCUAAGCAGACACUUCUUUCAAAACAGAAGAGAAAGGAAAUCAAGGACUAUGAAAAUGACUAUUUCCUGUUGGAGUUCCCUCUCUCCAACUAAAAGUCCCAUGAUUCCUUGUUUGCAAGUUUGAGGUCACUUUUCUUCCUCCUAUACAUCAGCCACCCACCAAUUGCAGCACACCUAAGCUGUCUUGCAUGCUGUGCUGUGCAUGGAACUACAAUUUCCAGCAGCCCUGUAGAGAAUGUCCUCCCUCCCACCCAGUGGUCGCUCCACCAAUUUAAGGACAGACAGGCUCCCUUUCAACACCGGACUAGUGAUGUAAUGUCUCGGGCCACACUGCAACCUAGGAGAAGCUGAGACAACACUCACUUUGUAUGCUAAAAAUGAACAUCCGGAGCAGAGAUCAUAUAUCUGGAACUUUAUGAUUAGCCAUGUUAUGUUGGGGGCACUCUGCUUUUGGACAGCUUGGAUUUAACCAUGGAUCCUUAACUAUCACCCCUGAGCCCAUAAAAUCGACUUUCCCCCUUUCUAAUUUUGUCAAGCAAGUGGCUUGUGGAGAGAAUCAUUCUGUGUUUCUACUAGAAGAUGGUCAAGUUUACAGCUGUGGUUGUAACAGUGCGGGACAGCUUGGUCGUGACCAUGAGGAAGUCUCACCAGGAUAUGUGAAUGCUUUGGCAAAUGAACAUAUAAUCCAUGUAGCAUGUGGACAGGCACAUAGUGUCGCCCUCAAUAGCCAAGGUCAGCUCUUCUCAUGGGGUGCUGGCAGUGAAGGACAGCUUGGUCAUUCCAUUACAGAGCAUUCUGUUCCUGUUCCGAGGCAAAUAAAGAAGUUAAAUCUACAGAAGAUACUGCAGGUAUCAUGUGGAAACCAACACUGUUUGGCGCUUUCAGAUGAUGGACAACUAUUUACUUGGGGCCAGAAUAACCAUGGACAAUUAGGUCUGGGUCCUGGAUUUACCCAACAGUCCAGUCCACAGGGUGUGAAAUCUUUGGAAGGGAUACCACUAGCUCAGGUCACAGCAGGAGGUUAUCACAGUUUCGCCUUGUCCCUGUCUGGGGCUGUAUUUGGCUGGGGAAAAAACAGUUCAGGGCAACUUGGCUUGAAUGAUGAUCAAGUCCGGGUAUCGCCAUGUCAUGUAAAGCCUUUACGCUCCCAGAAAGUUGUGUAUAUUAGUUGUGGGGAAGAGCACACGGCAGUCCUAACAAAGACUGGAGGACUGUUUACAUUUGGAGCUGGGGACCAUGGACAGCUGGGACAUGACUCGGUUCACAAUGAGAUCAAUCCCAGGCGUGUACUAGAACUGAUGGGCAGUGAAGUUUCUCAGAUUGCAUGCGGAAGACAGCACACUAUCGCCUUUGUGCCUUCUUCAGGUGUUCUUUAUGCAUUUGGAUGUGGAGAACAUGGCCAGCUUGGUAUUGGAUCCACAAGUAAUGGCAUUUGUCCCACAGCAGUAAAAGGGACUUGUUCCCCUUGCAAUGUACAGAUCCCAACUUUAGUAGAUCAAUCUUUGUUCAGCAUCAUCAAACAUGUUUUCUCUGGAUGGAAUAAAACAUUUGUGAUUUGUUCAAAGCCAGAGAGCCCUGAACCUGCAGAUGAUUUCCGCGUCUGCCAAAACAGCAAUUACGCCAGUGUGAUCAACAAUGAGACCAUUGAUGAGUGGAGGCAGAAAGUGAUCGAUAAUAGUAAUUCCAACACUAUCAACAGAAAUAACAGAGGAUUAAAGCAAGGCACAGUUCUAAGAAAAGACAUUCCAGAAUUUACUGAGACAGACAGUGGCAUUGUUCAGACCCUAUCCUCUUCAGCUUGCUGGAAUGGGAGUUUCCUGGAAAAGAAAAAUGAUGAGCAUUUUAAGACCAGCCCCAAGAUCCCAGGACUUGACAUGCUUUCUGUCAAAGUGAUGUUUGAAAAGCUGAUGAAUACCCACCAUUCCAGAUUAUUAGAGCAGAUCCUUAAGGGCUUUGAAAGUUUUCUGAUACCACAGUUGCCCAGCUCUCCACCUGAUGUAGAAGCAAUGCGGAUUUACCUCAUUCUCCCAGAGUUCCCUCUCCUCCAGGACUCCAAGUACUACAUAACGCUGACUCUCCCGUUAGCCAUGGCUAUUCUCCGGCUGGACACCAACCCAAGCAAAGUGCUAGAUAACUGGUGGUCUCAGGUCUGCCCAAACUACUUCUUCAGAUUAAUUGAUCUGUAUAAAGGAACAGUAGUCUAUCUACUAAAUGGACGCAAGACCCUGCUGAUCCCUGUGCUAUUCACCAGUUAUAUCUCCGCUGCUCUCAGACUUCUGGAAAAGCUGCACAAGGUGAAUGUGAAGGCCCAGCAUGUGGAGCAUGAUACAUUUUAUAUCCCUGAGAUCUCCAGCUUGGUGGACAUACAAGAAGAUUACCUCAUGUGGUUCUUGAACCAGGCAGGGCUGAAAGUACGUCCUUCAAUUAUGCAGGAUUCAGUGACACUAUGCUCUUACCCAUUUGUGUUUGAUGCUCAAGCCAAGACCAGAAUGUUACAGACAGAUGCUGAGCUACAGAUGCAGGUGGCGAUAAAUGGAGCUAACCUACAAAAUGUCUUCAUGCUACUGUCCCUGGAACCUAUGCUGGCCAGAAAUCCUUAUCUGGUCCUGCAUGUGAGGAGAACAAACCUUGUGUCUGAUGCAUUGAGAGAGCUCAGUAUUUACUCUGAUAUAGACUUGAAAAAGCCCCUUAAGGUGAUAUUUGAUGGGGAAGAAGCUGUGGAUGAUGGUGGGCUCACUAAAGAAUUCUUUCUCUUGCUUCUUAAAGAACUUUUGAACCCAAUCUAUGGAAUGUUCACGGUCUAUCCUGAUUCCAACCUGAUCUGGUUCUCAGAUAUAUGUUUUGUAGAACACAACUGGUUCCAUCUGAUCGGCAUUAUUUGCGGUUUAGCCAUCUAUAACUUUACAGUGGUUGACCUUCGCUUUCCUUUGGUGCUAUAUAAGAAGCUUCUGAAUGUUUCAGCCACUUUAGAAGAUAUGAAGGAGCUGUCCCCUACAGAAGGAAGGAGCCUUCAACAACUCUUAGACUACUCUGGAGAAGAUGUUGAGGAUACAUUCUGCCUUAACUUCACAAUCUGUAGGGAAAGUUAUGGGCUGACUGAAAUGAAACCUUUGGUGCCUGGAGGAGACCAGAGAUCUGUGAAUAAAGAUAACAGGAAAGAAUUUGUCGAUGCUUAUGUUGACUAUGUCUUUAACCGGUCAGUACAAGAAUGGUAUGAAGCAUUCUCCACAGGAUUUCUAAAAGUUUGUGGGGGGAAAGUGUUGGAGCUCUUUCAGCCAUCUGAACUCAGAGCCAUGGUUGUCGGUAGUAGUAACUAUAACUGGCAGGAGCUGGAAGAGAAUGCUGUAUACAAAGGUGAAUACUCAGCUGUGCACCCUACUGUGAGGAUGUUCUGGGAAACAUUCCAUGAAUUCUCGCUGGAAAAGAAAAAAAGGUUUCUGUUGUUUCUCACAGGCAGUGACCGUAUUCCUAUCUAUGGCAUGUCCAGCUUGCACAUAAUCAUCCAGUCUAUAUCUAAUGGGGAGGACUACCUGCCAGUAGCUCACACGUGCUACAACCUUUUGGACUUGCCCAAAUACAGCAGCAAAGAAAUCCUCAGGAAACGACUCACCCAAGCCAUAGACCAUUAUGAAGGCUUCAGCUUAGUGUAAGCCUUAGCCCUGAGUUUCCAUGCUUCCCCCAGUCUAUUUGCACUUUAUCUCGUAUGGGCUUAUUUAAUAUUAAUGUAAAAUACACUCAUUGUAUACAGAAAAAUACUUCAGUUUCUAUUUUUGUAAAGGAACCAAGUUAAAAAAAAAGUUGUAAAUCAAUCCUAUGUGGAUGUCCUAACAUAUAACUUUUUAUAUGUGUUAUGAUUUCUGCUGUUUUAUUUGUAGUUUUUAUUCUUUGCAUUUGACAUAAUUUUAGUUGCUUCUUUGUGAAUAGCGUUAUAUAUUGAUGUAAUGUUAUCAAAAAAAGAAAUUUUCUCAGGAUCACGAUCAGCUUGUCAUCUGACAGAAUUAUUCCAUAGACCCAUAAUCCUGGUCAGGCACAAGAAAUACUGUUUGUAUGUUUUAUGCUAGUUGAUCUGAUGUAUGCCUACAUUUCAUGAACUGUUGAUAGGACAUUUCCAUAAAAGGCCCUUCCAGUUGAGUGGAUUCAAUUCUAAUUGAACACAUUCUCCUGUUUUAUAUCCUGUAAAUAAUUUUUAGUACAAAUACAAAACAAUAAUAUGCAAAGUGAGAAAGGUUAUUGCCAUAUUGCCACUCAUUACUUGGGCCUAUGCCAAGUCUCUAUUAUUUUGGGCCCAAUCUUCAUAUCAGUGAGCAUUCUUCUCCAUAAACCUGUAGAGACUCCAUCCACUCUUUGCAGUAAUGUUUUGGUCUUAUGUUUUAACUUGGUAGAAAUAAUUCACCAGAA